AUGCGGCGGCGUCUCCUGCUCCUGGCCGGCCUGCUGCUCCCCUUGGCGCUGGCGCCGCGACCUCCGGGCCCGCCGGCCGGCUCCCCGCCGCGCCUCGAAAAGCUUGAUUCUUUGCUCUCAGACUACGAUAUCCUCUCUUUAUCCAAUAUUCGGCAGCACUCAGUAAGAAGGCGGGAUCUCCGUGCAUCAACGCAUUUAGAAACACUGCUAACAUUUUCAGCCUUGAACAGGCAUUUUAAAUUAUACCUGACAUCAAGUACUGAACGCUUUUCCCAGAAUUUCAAAGUCGUCGUGGUGGACGGUAAAGAUGAAAGCGAGUAUGCUGUCAAAUGGCAGGACUUCUUCAGGGGACACGUGGUUGGUGAACCUGACUCGAGGGUUCUAGCCCACAUAGGAGAUGAUGAUAUUACAAUAAGAAUCAACACAGAUGGGGCAGAAUAUAAUGUGGAGCCACUCUGGAGACUAAUUAAUGAUACUGAAGACAAAAGAGUGUUAGUUUAUAAAUCUGAAGAUAUCAAGAAUGUUUCACGUUUGCAGUCUCCAAAAGUGUGUGGUUAUAUAAAUGCAGAUAAUGAAGAGUUGCUUCCGAAAGGACUCGAGGCCAGAGAGCCACCUGAUGAGCUUGUUCAUCGGGUGAAGAGAAGAGCCGAGCCUAACCCCUUGAAGAACACCUGCAAGUUACUGGUGGUGGCGGAUCAUCGCUUCUACAGAUACAUGGGCCGCGGAGAGGAGAGCACCACUACGAACUACCUAAUAGAGUUAAUUGACAGAGUCGAUGACAUUUAUCGGAAUACUUCAUGGGACAACGCGGGCUUUAAAGGUUAUGGAAUACAGAUCGAGCAGAUUCGCAUUCUCAAGUCUCCACAAGUGGUCAGACCCGGUGAAAAGCACUACAACAUGGCAAAAAGUUAUCCACAUGAAGAAAAGGAUGCCUGGGAUGUGAAGACGCUGCUGGAGCAAUUUAGCUUUGACAUAGCUGAAGAAGCAUCCAAAGUCUGCCUGGCACAUCUUUUCACAUACCAAGAUUUUGAUAUGGGAACUCUUGGCCUAGCUUAUGUUGGCUCUCCCAGGGCGAACAGUCAUGGCGGUGUUUGUCCAAAGGCUUACUAUAGCCCCGUUGGGAAGAAAAAUAUCUACUUGAACAGUGGUUUGACCAGCACAAAAAAUUACGGUAAAACCAUCCUUACAAAGGAAGCCGACCUGGUCACAACUCAUGAAUUGGGACACAAUUUUGGCGCAGAACAUGAUCCGGAUGGUCUAGCAGAAUGUGCCCCAAAUGAGGACCAAGGAGGAAAAUACGUGAUGUAUCCCAUAGCCGUGAGCGGUGACCACGAGAACAAUAAGAUGUUUUCAAACUGCAGCAAGCAGUCCAUCUACAAGACCAUCGAGAGCAAGGCCCACGAGUGCUUCGAGGAGCGCAGCAACAGAGUGUGCGGCAACUCGCGCGUGGACGACGGGGAGCAGUGUGACCCCGGCAUCAUGUACCUGAGCAACGACAGCUGCUGCAACAGCGACUGCACGCUGAAGCCAGGGGUGCAGUGCAGUGACCGGAACAGCCCUUGCUGUAAGAACUGCCGGUUCGAGACCGCCCAGAAGAAGUGCCAGGAGGCGAUCAACGCCACCUGCAAAGGCGUGUCUUACUGCACAGGCAACAGCAGCGAGUGCCCCCCGCCCGGGGACGCGGCGGACGACACGGUGUGCCUGGACCUGGGCCGCUGCAAGGACGGGAAGUGCGUGCCCUUCUGCGAGCGGGAGCAGCGGCUGGAGUCCUGCGCCUGCAACGAAACCGACCACUCGUGCAAGGUGUGCUGCAGGGACCCCUCCGGCCGCUGCGUGCCCUACGUCGACGCUGAACAGAAGAACUUAUUUUUGAGGAAAGGAAAGCCCUGUACGGUGGGAUUCUGUGACAUGAACGGCAAGUGUGAGAAGCGAGUACAGGAUGUGAUCGAGCGGUUUUGGGACUUCAUCGACCAGCUGAGCAUCAAUACCUUCAGGAAGUUCUUGGCAGACAACAUCGUGGGCUCUGUGUUAGUUUUCUCCUUGAUAUUUUGGAUUCCUUUCAGCAUUCUUGUCCAUUGUGUGGACAAGAAAUUGGACAAGCAGUAUGAGUCCCUGUCUCUCUUCCACCCCAGCAACGUUGAAAUGCUCAGCAGCAUGGAUUCCGCUUCAGUUCGCAUCAUCAAGCCCUUUCCUGCGCCCCAGACACCAGGCCGCCUGCAGCCCCUGCAGCCCCCCGCUGUGGUGCCCCUAGCGCCGGCAGCUCCCAAACUGGACCACCAGCGCAUGGAUACUAUCCAGGAAGACCCCAGCAUGGACUCCCACGUGGACGAGGACGGCUUCGAGAAGGACCCCUUCCCCAACAGCAGCACAGCCGCCAAGUCGUUCGAGGACCUCACGGACCGGCCCGUCACCAGAAGCGACAAGGCCGCCUCCUUCAAGCUGCAGCGCCAGAACCGUGUCGACAGCAAAGAAACGGAAUGUUAACCCGGGCCACGCCUGCGCGCGCUUGGCCUGCUGUGCAAAGUAUUUUUGUAGAUUUGACCUAAAAUCACUGCAUUUAUUUUGUGAAGAUUUGGGAGCGAGAAGGAAGUGACUUCACAGCAGAUGGUGGCCGCGCUGGGGACGUCCCCCGGGCACCCGGCGCUGUGCCGAGCCCCUGGCCCGGGAGGCGGUGAGGCGGAUCUAGCUUAUUUUGAGGCUUUCAGGUUUUAGUUGUUUUUUUUGAUGUUAAAAAUAUCCUUCAACCUGUGGUGCAGAAGCAGAAAAUACAGCUGGGUUAGGUCAUAAAUAUUUACAUUUUUGUAAAUUAACCUUUUAUAUUGGUAACAGCACCCAUUAGGGAGACCAAUUAUUUUUUUAAUUCACUGUAGAAUCCACUGAAAGGCAGUUCGCUCCGCCUGAGGACAACUGCCACAGAAUUCCCCCCCCCACCCCCCAACUGAAGACAAAGGAGAUAAAACCAGGUGGUCUCCAAGAGGCUGGUCAUUCCUAAGGUUAAUACUUUAAUCAAUCAAACAAGCCCGCGUGCAUGAGGCUCUCAGGGCAGUCACCACCGCCGCGCGCCCCCAAAGGCUCUCACUAACCGGAACUGCUCCCGCGAGGUACGGUUGCUCCUUCGGACACCAGCGGGGGAAGGGGGCGUGAGGCAUGUCUCUCCGGAAGGCCAGGUGGGUCCCAACAGGCUGUGCUGCGGCCGAGAACUGGAUCCUCCUGCGUCAUCCCCUGCAGGGGGAGGGUCGCGUCACGUCAGCGCCGGGCGUCUGCUAAAACCUUCAUCGCAUUGAAUUCUGCUUUCCCUAAAGUGGAAACCAACCCCCGCCUUGUGCUCAUCAGCCAACAUCUUUAACUGAGAACCUGUCAGCCGAGGGCAACUAACCAAACCUGUGACGCGUUUCCUCUAAGGACGCCCGGUCCGCAGAGGCCUGUUACACUAAUACUUGAAACUUGUACCUUGUGGUGUUUGCUGGCUCGUGGCUGGUCAGGAGAGGCUUCCUUACACUCUCGGAAUCUGCUACUGGUGAGCGGGGCGCGUGUGUGUGAGUGAAGUGAUCCCGGACGAAUGUUAAGAACCUUUUUAUAAAAUUGUGACUUUUUAAACAAAACUGUCUUUACCUUCUUUCCACGUGCAGAAUGAGCAAGCGGCUCGCGCGGGGUCUUUACAGCCGCGGCACUGAGGGCAGCUGCAGCGCGCGCUAAACGGUCAAUAUCAAAACAAGCAGCCGAGGUCCAGAGCGUCCCAGGGCAGGACUAACGCGUUUAUUACUC